AUGGCAUCGUUUGGAGCGACGCAUAUUGAGCGAUUUGUAAAUUUCGAGCCCACAUUCAAAGUGCAAGGGCAAGUGUACCAUCACAUUGGAUCACUUCUUCCAGUACCCAAUGAAGAUCCGACGUGUUUGCAGAUUUAUUUCAUGAACAACGUGGAGGAGGAGAUUGAUCGACGAUGCGCAUUCAGUGAAGCAACAAGGCGGGCAAUCAUCGCUGAAUUACAAGCGCUAUUCCACGAGCACAACUGUUUGGUACGAGACUUCAAAUCCGCAGUGGAGAAUAUGCGAGCGGAUGAUAUGAAAGUCAUCAUCAGGGCAGACAAAACGUCGUUGAAUGAGCAUGAACGACGCUUCAAUGCUCCGAUGACUCCUGAAGUAGCAGCUGUGAUUGUCGGUACGGAGAUCGCCCGACGAGAUAUUGUUAUCUGCAGACGAGAUGGAACCAAGUACCGUGUUGCUGGAACGCAUCGAACGUACGACGCCCUUCAAUAUCCAAUACUCUUUCCGCGCGGUGAAUUCGGAUAUCAUCUCGAACUGUAUCAAGUUCAUCCUGUCCCAGGCGCCGUGACAACGAAAAGAGUCAGCUGUAUGGACUUCUAUGCAUAUCGCAUCAUAAUUCGAGCCCAAGAAUCCAACCACAUCCUGAUUCAUCGUUGA